UCAAACAUUUCAUGAAUUUUAACAUUGGAUUAUAGUCUGGAUUCAGGAUUACACUUGGCUGUGCAGAUAAAACUGUUCACCUCCCUACGUUAAGAUCAAUGACAAAGAGGAAACAUCAAGUAAACAGAAAAUUGUGGAGUGGGGGAGGGGAGGGAAACCUGGAAAUAACCAACGCCAGGUGAGGUCACGCUGUGAUUUUUUAAUCUGCAGAGAAAACCUGUUUUGCCUGUAGUUCAUACCUACCUGCUGUUUUCUGUAAAUCCCUCCCCUGGAUCUGGGUGUAACUCUCUAUUAAGAUUUUUAGUUCUAUUAGUUGGCAUAAGACGUGCUCUAGCUCUGAGACAGAAUGGCGUCUGGAUCUUCUCUCCUGGAUGAGGAGCUCUCCUGUCCUGUGUGCUCUGAAAUCUUCAGGGAUCCUGUUCUCCUGAGUUGCAGUCACAGCUCCUGUAAGGCCUGUCUGCAGCAGUACUGGGCACAGAAGGGAUCUCGGGAGUGCCCAGUGUGCAGGAGAAGAUCUUCUAAGGAUUGGCCUCCCCCUAAUAUGUCUCUGAGGAAUACCUGUGAGGCGUUCUUAAAGGAGAGAAGUCAGAGAGCUAAAGCAGGAUCUGAAGUGCUCUGCAGUCUGCACAGUGAGAAACUCAAACUCUUCUGUUUGGUGGAUCAAAUACCCAUCUGCCGUGUCUGCCAAACUUCAAAAAAACAUGAAAACCACAAAAUGCAACCAGUUCAGGAGGCUGCAGAAGAGUAUAAGGAGAAACUCAGGACUGCACUGGAUCCACUGCAGGAGAAGCUAAAAGCCUUUAAUGCAGUUAAACUAGACUGUGACAAAACAGCAGAGCACAUCAAGAGUCAGGCCCAGAACACAGAGAGACAGAUAAAGAUGGAGUUUGAGAAACUUCAGCAGUUCCUAAAAGAUGAAAAGGCAGCCAGGAUCGCUGCACUGAGGGAGGAAGAAGGGCAGAAGGGUCAGCUAAUGAAGGAAAAGAGUGAGAAGAUGACAGAAGGGAUAUCAUCCCUUUCAGAACAAAUCGGAGACAUAGAACAGGGGCUGGGAGCUGAAGACAUCUCAUUCCUGCAGAUCAGUGCUGACGUCUCAUUCUCUGUCCCUUCAGCUCCUGUGAUUCUGGACCCAAACACAGCACAUCCCAAACUCUCCCUGUCUGAGGAUCUGACCAGUGUGAGAGACAGUGGUGAGAGACAGCAGGUUCCUGAUAAUCCAGAGAGAUUUAAUUGGGGGCGGUGUGUACUGGGCUCUGAGGGAUUCAGCUCAGGGAGACACUGCUGGGAUGUAGAAGUGGGGGGUGAGGUCUGGGUGGUGGGUGUGGCUGAAGAGUCCAUCAGCAGGAAAAGGGUUUUCAAUCUGCGCCCAGCAGGAGGAGUGUGUGGUAUAGUGCAGCUCGAUGGGGAAUACGCAGCCCUGAGCUCCCCACCUACAGCCCUCACUGUGCAGAGGGAACUCCAGAGGGUCAGAGUGCAGCUGGACUGGGACAGGGGGGAGGUGUCAUUCUCUGACCCCAGUGACAACACUCCUCUCUACACUUUUAAACACUCCUUCACUGAGAGAGUGUUUCCAUUCUUCUGUCCUGGUCCUCUGCGGAUCUGUCCUCUGAAGGUGUCUGUAAGAGUGGAAUAGUGCUGUGGUUUAUGGGCAAGGAUCAGGUGAACAGACUGCUUCUUUCACUUUGACAAGAUUAAUGAGCAUAUUUGUAGAUAAUAUCUUUUACAAUAUUUUAUUGAAUCAAUUAUGAAAUAUAGAUCCAUUUCUGCAGCAGUUCAUGAUGAAUGUAACUUUGAAAUCUCAUGAUGUUGCAGUAAAAAUCAGGUUAAAACAACUGCAUUCCAUCACAUCUGAGCAGGAUUCAUUAAAAUAUUUGCCGGUCAAACAGCAUCAACAAACUAUUAUUUUAUUUGAAACGUUCUGUAGUGUUUCCAUGAGAAGUGUCUAAUUUCUUUUCACAUAACUUCCUGAUGUUAUCACUGAGUAAUAACUGUGCUAUACGGUGGUAGUGUAAGUGUGUGGGUUUGUGUGUAAUCAGUUGAGGUAAUAAUAAAUAAAUCCACCAGUGCAAUCA